AUGCGGGCCACACGUAUGUCGGUUGUCGAUUUCUGGAAAAAUGAGACUAAAGGCGACGGUCUUAAUAUUCGAGUCGCUCAUGGCGUUAACAGCUGGCCGGAUCUCGUCGAUCAGCUACACGAGCCUUUCCUCAACAAAUCCAUGAUGAUUGAAGGCGAUGUUUUUAUGCAAGCCCAUAGGAGGCCGAGACAUAGAGCUGUUCCAGUGAUGAAGGCUGAAGCCAAAGUGGCGGAUCGCAUUACAUUUAAAGAAUGGCUUCGGGAAGUUGCCACCAUGCAUAAAGCAAUCAAGAUCAAUUUCCGAUCCAAUGAAGUGGUCCGCCCAGUUCUUCAAGAUCUUUAUGCUUCCCAAGCGGAUCCAUCGUCUCCAAUCCUUCAGUACCCUGUCAUUCUUCAUGCGAAUGUCUUCCGAUCUCCAAGAAGUGUUGAAGCUGAGGUUGAUCCGCAUACUUUUGUUGAGAAAGCAAAAACGUUGUUCCCUGAUGCAACUUUGUCGUUAGGCUGGACAAAGCAAGCGAAUUUCAGCCACCUGCAUCCAAAAUUCAAAAAGCUUUCUUGGCGUCAGUUGUUUCAUAUUUUAGAAUAUAUUAGUCCCCUUGAUCAGCCGGUAAUGCUGUCAGUUCGUUUGUCAGUGGCGGCGCAUUCAAAAGAACAACUGCUUUGGUUAUUAGGCAUGGAUCAAUCAAUUUCUCUUCUUCUUUGGAGUGACAGAGACGAUAAAAUCAAUAAUUGGGAAUCGAUUAUUGAGCUGAGAAGAUCAACAACCAAGAAUCGAAUUCUCUACGAUUUAGAUCCGAAACAUCGUAAAAUGCUCCAAAACAUUUCCAAUGAGCCUAUCGAAAACCCGAAGACUUUUAGUCUUCAAGACUGGAGAGCCGUCGAGUUCACCUCGUCAAGCCCCGUCCUGUCAACAGUGGUUCGUAGUGAACGUGGCCCCGCAUUCCUUGGAGAACCGACAUCUUUACUUCUGUCUCAAAUUCCACCUCCAAAAUUCCCUAACAAACAAACCGUGAAUGGAAAAGUUCAUUUCCUGCCAAAACGAAUUGUGACCGAUAUUGACGUCGAUGAAAGUGGAGUCUCGAUUUUCCUGAUGGAUCGCAUUCAUGAUAUUGAUUCUCCGAAAAUUGAAAGAUCAGUUGAGGUGUUCAUUGGAUACGAUGGAAAAGUGAAGAUCGAAAAUGGAGAGCUUAGGAAUCAGGCAAGUUUUGACUCUAAGUCUGUUGGCCAAUUGCCAAUAAGCGAAUGUUACGCAUUUGAAGUCACGGACCUUGGUAAUCGAGUGAUUUCGGAUGUUUGGACGGUUGAAUGCGGAGAAAAGUUCCGUAAGAAACGACACCUUAAACUUGAACUUGAAACCCCGUUCAUAAAAAAUCGCUUCCUCCGUAAUGUGGUUGUUGCCAAAAAAGGUGACGGAGCCAUCGACUUCCUUCUAGAAGAGUUGCAGCAUAACGGUUCGCUCAGUUCGUCUGAAAUGUUAUCUACCAUAUCGACGAUUCUCCUAAUUUUGGGGCUAUCGAUUACCAGCGGCGAGGCCCUUUUUGGGUUUUUCGAAAGCAAAAAAAUGACAUCGGCGGCAACGACCACUACCAAAUCUCCGUUGGGUAGCGAAGUGAUUAUUGGUAAACAUAGUCAUAAAGACACUGAUGGUGCAAUGGUGACAAUUCCUUUGAAUUUCCCACCAACGACCUUAUCAACCCAACGACCAUUCCAUAAUACAGUUUUUACAAGACGCCCGUCAGCUGGCGAUACUGAUUUCGAAAACAAACAUCCUACAAAUGAUUCUCGAUCCUUCACAACUACCACAAAGGGCCCAAGAUUCACAGCUGCCACAAAAAUUCUCCCAUCAUCGGAUCGUCAAGGAUGCCCAAAUAGGAUUGAUGCUUACACUUUCGGGCCAAAUGAUAACUACGCUUUUUCUGAUCGUACCGUUUACAUUAUUCGAAAAGAUCGAAUUGCUGAGACAAAGAAUGUGGAUGAGCUUUUUGAGAGAGCUCCUCGUAAAAUUAAUGGAGCACUGUUUGAUAUUGAACGGGAGGUGAUGUGGAUGAUUGCGAAUCGUGAAGUUUACGGAUACAAAUGGCGCGAUGAUAAAUGGAUAAUGCAGUCAGUUUUCCCGAAGGAGCUUCCGUCUUCUGUCGGAUUCACCCCGGAAGCUGCGAUCCGUUGGCACAACAAGCAUCAGGUUUUGAUCUCGAAUGGCGGAAAAUUUGCCCUCUAUGACGAAUUGUGGAACAAAUCCCUGCUCUCUGGAAGAACACAGAGCUAUUUUGAGAACCUGCCAGAUAGAGUUCGAGGGAUUUCGGAAUGGCGCAAUGGUCGUGCCAAUGUGUUUACGCAAUCGCUGGUGUUCGAGUAUGUCAUCGAUCAGAAGAAUAUCGUUGGUGAUGGAAAACCGCUUGCCGAGUUUUGGAAAUGUUAA